AUGUCGCUGUGUGUGGCGCUGCUGCCUCGGAGGGGCCUGAGAGUGGCGGCGGCCGCGGCGGCCUUGGGACGGCGCAGCCUGGCGCAGGCGAGGGCCGGCCGCAGCGGAGACGGAGGAGGGAAGCGCCUGACAACAGCCGCGGGAGCCGCUACCUUGGCGGGAGGCCCCGGCCUAUCAGCCUUUUCCCUUUUCUCCCGCGAAGCUGAGAAAGAGAAGGAUUCAGCAGAAGGGCAGAGCGAGGCGAAGGAAGAAGACACCAUCAUUCUUUUGCUAAAGAAGGCCAAGCUGAGCAUCAUGAAAGGAGAGUUGGAAGAGGCGGAGAGGCUCCUUCACGAAGCUGCCAGGCUCUCGCACCAGUCGGACAACAAGCAAGCAAUUAUUUAUACGUACGACACGAUGGCGAAUUUGGCUUUCAUGAGGGGUCAGCUGGAUCACGCAGAAAAACUUUUCAAGGCAGCCAUGAGCUACUUACUGGCUGGGGACAUGAAGCAAGAUGACAACGCCAUCAUAGAGAUGUCCCUUAAGCUGGCCAGCAUCUAUGCAGCACGGAAUGAGGACAAGUUGGCCCUGGCUGGCUACGAGUUCUGCAUUCUGACCCUGGAGGAGAAGGUUGCAAAACAAAAGGACAUCCCUCUUGACGUUUUGCCAGAGGAAGAAAAAUCCAACACCCGUCUGCUCCUGGGGAUGACCCUCGACUCGUACGCCCGCUACCUCCUGGCGCACAGCCAGGCACCCGCCGCCCAGAGGAUGUACGAGAGGGCGCUGCAGAUCUCCAUGGAGGUUCAAGGGGAGACACACCCCCAGACGGUGGUUCUGAUGAAUGAUUUGGCGACGGCUCUGGAUGCUCAGGGCCUCUACGAAGAUGCCUACGCGCGACUAAGGUGGGCGUCAGAGCUGGCCCAGCAGACAGAGCACCCAGAGACCUACGUUGUGUUGAACAACUUCGCUGGGAUUCUCAUGCACAAAGAAGAGUAUUCAUCGGCGAAAGCUGUCUACAGAGAGGCCCUGCAGAAGGCAGAGGCAGCUGGAGACGGGGCUUCCGUCAGACACAUCCGGAAAGAGCUGGCCGAGCUUGCCAGGCGGCAGAGGAAGGGGCCAGUCUCUACGGCCAGUUCCUCAGGAGAAGAACAGAAGUGAUGGAGGCGGCACAGGAGGGAGAGGGUAGCGCAAGCGUUGGCCGCAAAACCCUCAGAAGCACAGCAUCUCCCUUUGCGCGGCAAGGACAGGUGUGUUGCGGGAAACACAAGGCGACCCCAUGAAGCAUCCCUGGCAAAAAGGUCAAGAGGGGUCAGUGGGUGGGAGACCCCAGGAGGCUGCGGUGAGGUUGUGCCAUCAAAAUAUACGAUGCGGGCAGGCGUCUCCGUAAAUCUCUGUGCUGGGAAAGGAGACGAAAAGCUACGCUUUGCAUCCCAAAACUGAAUAAAGAUGACUGCAGCUUC